AUGUGUUACGGUCAGCAACGACCCUUCUCCAGAGACAACCUGACCUCUACGCGCGUCGUCCGAUUGCCGAACGACAACGCGGUUGUGGUCGCAGAUCUGCGCGGCCGCCUGGCUGAGACGGAGGCACGGCUGGCGCGAGCCAGGGCUCGGGAAGCAGAGCUCAGCCGCCGCCUCAAUGAGAUGAAACGAUUCGUUUCGGUCAUGGAGAUCCUCGAAACCUACCUCAAACGUCGCUUCCGCGAGCAGCAAGAAUAUGUAUCUGGCCUCUUCUCUCCCUCUCCCCUGUCAAGUAAAUAA